ACCUUACGUUAAUCUAAAGAUCUUGUAACAUUCGUGUUAGACACCACGUGAAAUAGUAAACGUUUAUUCCUUGAGCCGAAUUCAAGGAGGUUGUCGGUUCGUCAAAGUGUUCUGCUACCCCUCUGUUGUCAAAGACGUGGCGGUCAUGUCUUUCUUGCCAGAUAAAAAUACCGAUUACGCGUCGAUGGCCUAUUGGAAUGAGCGUUACGGUACUGAAGAAUCCUUCGAAUGGUGUAAAAGCUAUGCUGGUUUCAAGGACCUCAUCCGAAAGGAGGUGCAACCCACCGACCGUAUUCUAAUGCUGGGGUGCGGUAAUAGCAGUUUGAGCGAGGACAUGUAUCGGGACGGAUUUCACAAAAUCACCAAUGUCGAUUACUCGACUGUGGUUGUCGAGAAUAUGAAGAAUCGAUCAGCUGAGGCUCGAUCAAUGCAGUGGCUUGUUAUGGAUAUCAAGGACCUGAAAUUCGAAAGCGGCAGCUUUGAUGUAGUGCUAGAAAAGGCCACACUCGACGCUCUGCUGGUGGGGGAACGCGAUCCUUGGCGUUUGUCGGAGAAUAGCCGAAUUCUGAUGGAUGAGAUUCUCAUUCAAGUGAGCAACGUAUUGAGCAGUAACGGCCGUUUCAUCUCCAUCACAUUUGCCCAGCCUCAUUUUCGCAAACGUCUUUAUGCCCGUCAGCACUACGGAUGGAAUAUCGGCACAGAGACCUUUGGCGAUGGAUUCCAUUUUUUCUUUUACGUCAUGACCAAAGGUGAGCGUCUAUCUGAGCAGGAUGCCCAACUGCAGUCAACCUGGUCAAAUCACAACCUGGAAAGUCAGUCGACUGUGGCGAGAUUGCAAGAGGACAACAACGAUGACAGCUACCUCAACUCUAUUGAAAUGUAACGACAGACAAUGCUAAUUCCACUUGACCGACUUCUUUUGUGUCUGUGUGUGCAAAAAUAUUUUCUUUUGAUUCUCAUUCGUCACUCUCUCUCAGUCGUCAGCAAUCUACAAUGGACGACCACAGCCUUAUUUAAUGUGAGAGAUAAAUAGAACGUGAAGCGAU